AUGCGAAUAAAACACGUGCUUCUAAAAUGUAUAUUCAUAUUAAACGUCUUUGGUUGCUUCUCCUUGAUUACCGACUUUCCUCCAGAAAGGGUAUUGCAAUAUAGGUAAAAAGUUUAUCAAAUGGUUUAAAGUUCUUUUUAUUCAGAGAGAAAGUCCGGACUAUGUUUUAUCAUGCUUACAACGGGUAUUUAAAUCAUGCGUAUCCUCUUGAUGAAUUAAAACCUCUUUCUUGUACAGGUAAGGAUGUUUUGUUACUAGUCGCGGAAAAAAGUCCUGGGAUUUUCUCGCGCCCCCCAAAUUCCGUCGCGCUCCGAAAAGUUGAUUUGUCGCGGGAGUCGCGCGCGACAAUAAGGCAAAAUCAACAAAAUUGCACUGUGCAAAAGCACUUUUCGGGUUCAUGCACAGUGCAGAGUCGCAGAAAAAUCCCAGGACUUUUUUCCGCGACUAGUACCUAAUUAUAACACAUUUAGGUAUGAACACUUGGGGCAGCUUCAGUCUGACCUUGGUUGAUGCCCUAGACACCCUGUUGAUUAUGGGUAAUGAGACUGAAUUUAUUAGAGCUGUCGAUCUUAUACUUGCGAAUGUUGAUGUAGAUGCAAAUGUUAAUGUUUCUGUGUUCGAAACAAAUAUACGUGUAGUUGGGGGAUUAUUGUCGGCUCACAUGAUGUCUGGGAGAGUGAAAAGUAAAUCUUAAAAAGGUGUUUUUAUUGUUUUAGACAUGGACCUUCACUCCGGAUGGCCAUGUGCUGGACCCCUACUGGAGUUGGCUGAGAAGUUUGCUCAAAAAUUGCUUCCAGCUUUCAACACCGAGACUGGAAUGCCAUUUGGAACGGUGAAUCUGAGAUACGGUGUUGAUAUUCACGAGACUCCGAUAACUUGCACAGCUGGAGUCGGCACAUUUAUAUUGGAGUUUGGAGCUUUAUCGAGAUUAACGGGAAAUCCGAUUUACGAACGGGUUGCCCUGAGAGCAUUAAAGUCAUUAUGGGCUACCAAAAGCCCUAUUGGUCUGGUGGGGAAUCAUAUCAAUGUUCAGACAGGUACUCCUUUUAUUUAUUUUUAUAUCAUUUUAGGUGCUUGGACUGCUACUGAUGCCGGGAUUGGUGCUGGAGUUGAUUCGUACUUUGAAUACCUUGCUAAAGGCGCUCUUUUGUUCCAGAGGCCAUUAUUUAUGUAUCAAUUCAAUGGUAAGUCAUCAACUUCUUAUUUAUUUGUGAUGGGUUUAGAGUAUUCCCAUGCCAUCAAUAAAUAUAUUCGGAAGGAGGAUUGGUUCAUGUGGGUCUCCAUGUCCAGAGGCACCGUUAACUUUCCUGUUUUUCAAUCGUUGGAAGCCUAUUGGCCUGGAGUAUUAGCUCUGGUUGGGCAAGUGGAAGAUGCUGCUAGAAUAAUGUUAACAUACGAUCAAGUUAACCGGCAGUACGGGGUUCCUCCGGAGUUUUACAAUCUUCCUAACAGAGAAGCAGUAAGAGAAAUAGGAUGUAUUCGUAAUUUAUGUUAAGGUGGACAAGAGAUCGGGAUAUCCUUUGCGUCCAGAGAUCGUUGAGAGUAUGAUGUAUCUAUACAAAGCGACGGAUGACCCUCAUUAUCUUCACAUGGCUGCUGGGAUAGUGGAUUCCAUCGAAGCAAACAGUAAAACGAGUUGUGGAUAUGCAACCAUCAAAGACAUCAACAAACGGACGUUAGAAGAUCGAAUGGAAUCGUUUUUUCUGGCCGAAACCACAAAGUAUCUAUAUUUAAUAUUCGAUCCAGAAAAUUUCAUCCAUUCUGACGGAUCUCAUGCACGAGUAUUUGACCAUCCAGCUGGCGAAUGUGUGGUCUACGGUUAGUGGUGUAUAUUUUUUAUAUUUUUUUCCUUAGGCGGUGGUUGGAUAUUUAAUACAGAAGCCCAUCCCAUCGACCCUGCUGCUUUAUACUGUUGUGGGGCCAAACGGACCAAAGAUGAAUUGCUGAUUCAAAAGUUCAGGGAGAACAUUGACUUUGUCUCAUUUCUGGAUCUGAGUGAUCCGUUUUUAAAAGAUUUGGAUCAGAAGUUGGACGAAGAAGACCUUCAUGAAGAAGUGAAAGAAUUAAAGGUGAAGGAAGAAGAUCCUGAACAAGUUGAGACAGACCUGAGGGAGAUUGAACAACAAAUGUGGAAAGAAAAUGAGAAAAAAGGAGGUGAAGAUCGAAGAGACCAAGAGGAUGAUAACGAAGAUGCUGUUCAGGAGGAAGAAGACAACAAGAACGUUGAGGUGGAGCUUGAGAGCAGCCAAGGAGCUUUCGAACAUAGUAUUGCUGCAGAUUUUGACGCGUUGCGAGAACCGGUCGAGGAAAUAAAAAGAGAUGUCCAAUCCACUUUGGUCCAAGGAGUUGAUGCUCAAACUGUAUCAAGUAAGACGCGAAGAAGAAGGAAAGGAAGGAAAAGAAGGAUUUCUGAGCUUCUAAAGGGACCGACUGAUGUGACUACAGAACAGGAAGAGAAAAAUUUGGUAAAGGAACGAGUAGGUUACUGUAUUCUGACCAGGUUUACCUUUAGAUUGCGGAUUUGGUGGAUUCUCUUCGAAAAUUGGAUGAAGCUGCUGGAAGAAAAAACGAUCCCAGUAAUCUUCUGAAGUUACUCGGCACUUUGGGGACGGAAUAUUCGAACCUAUUGAAAGCUAGCUCGAAGUUGCAAGCCUUAGCGUCGAACAGAAGACCGCAGGUAUUCGAUAACGUGAAGAAAAAGUUAAUGAGUAACAGAGUUCAACAACUUAUUCCAAUCAACGAGGUUGUGUGCGAAGUAAGUAUCAAUUUUAAUAUUGUAAGCGCCUUUUUUAGGGAUGUUGCGUUAAACUGGACGCCCAAUAUGAUUCCGUUGCCCUCCGACAAAUGCUGAAUAUGAUCUACAGCAAGCACCUCUACUCCAAAAAUGGCCUUGCAUUUGUUCCUGGACCUAUUUGUCGAGAAUACGAGAAGCCAGACCCAUCAAAGAAUUACAAUUCUACAUUUCCCGGUAAGAUAACAAUUUUAUGCAGUUAUUCAAAUUGACAUUCUAGAUGUUAAUAUUUUGGAAUCGGAAGAGCAGACUCUGGACGCGGUCGAUCAGUUUAUCUUUGGUACCUUUGCUUACAACACGCUCUCCAAAGAACAUCACGAACUUCUCUCCAGUCCCCCUCGGCCGUUUGCAUCCUUUUUUAUGGGAUUGGGCCAAGUCCUUCCACGACAUCUUGUCUGA